AUGAUCCAGCCCGGCUCUGCGGCGCUACGGGACGCCAUUGGCAGAGGCGAUGAGCUCUUCGAGCAAGUGUCGAACCCGCGUGAGGCUGCACUCGACUCGGAGUUCCUCGCUAUCUGCUCGCAGUUCGCGGCAGAGCAGGCCAACCGACUGAGCACACAGAUGAGGACCUACGACGUACCCUCCUACAUUCACCGGCUGGGCCUCUUCCUGCGCGGCAAGCUCACGAUAAACGAUGCCGGAUUGGCAGAAGGCCCUGACGAAGACGAGACGGCUCUCAGGCGCAAUCGGGAGAGGCGACGCGGAGACGAAGAAAACGGAGAAGCUGAAGAGGGCGAGGAGGAUAUCGACGACGACGCUCAGCUGCUACGCUGGCCUGAGCUGGGAGCGUUGGUGGCCGGCUUCGCUCAAUCCACUCCUUCUCUCGACUGUUUGGCUGGAGCGAUGGUAGCCACACCGAAGGAAAAGAAGGUGAGGGCACAGCGAGCCAAGAAGGAGAAGCCGGGAGAGAAAGUCGAACCAGAGUCUAUCACGGACACCAAGGCGCUGGAGAUGGAGGGUCAAACAGCCAAGCGGGUGGCCAUAGCCAAGAAGAAGCUCGAACAGGCAAAGGUGAAGAAUUUCUUCGAGUACAUCGUUGACCCUGAGUCGUACUCACAGACGGUGGAGAAUCUCUUUCAUCUCUCCUUCUUGGUUCGCAACGGAAUGGCCGCGGUGGAUCUUGAUGAAGCCGGGCAGCCUGCCUUGGAGCCAAAGAGUCCACCAGAUGACGACGACUACGCGCAGGGAUUGGAGAAGAAGCAGUGCGUUGUGCGGCUAGACUAUGACAUGUAUCAGAAUCUGAUCAAGGCCUACGACAUUCAGCGCAGCUUCUUGCCACAUCGAACAAAGAGCUACUCGCAGAGCGCCACACAGAGCUCUCAGCGCGAUGGCGCGUCAUCAAGGAGCGGUAAGAGGAAGGGGCGGCGGGGGUCAGACGAAGACGACGAAGAGGAAGAGGAAGAAGAGGAAGUGCGCAGGCCGCCAGCGAAGCAUUCAUCAACCGCGGCAUCGAAAAGGGGCAAAGGCAAGCAGAAGGUCACAUCGGAAGAGGAGGACGACGAAGAAGAGGAAGAGGAGCCCACACGCCACGCGCCAAAGAGGCGAAGGUGA